AUGGGGAUCAAGGGGCUCUUCCCCUAUCUCCAGGAGGUGGUGCCCAAGGCGAUCUUAGACACUGAACUGAAACGAUACACCGGCCGCCGGCUGGCUAUCGACGCUUCUGCGUGGAUGUAUCAGUUCUUGAGCAUUGUCCGCACGGGCUCUGCGGCGGAGAACCUCCAGAACAAAGAAGGUCAAGCAACCUCGCAUCUUCAAGGCAUCGUCUUGCGCGCUCUUAAGCUGCUGGAGGUGGGCGUGCAGCCGGUUUUCGUCUUCGAUGGGAAGCCUCCAGACAUGAAGCUGGCGGUGAAUCGCGCAAGGCGGCAAGUGCGCGCAGCUGCUGCAGAGGAGCACGCUGCUGCUGUCGCAUCAGGCACAGCGCCGGCUGAGCAUGUCUACAAGACAGCGAGCCGCUCCACGGUCGUGACUCGUGAGCACAACCAGCACGCCAAGGACCUGCUUCGAACCAUGGGGAUCUCCGUCGUCCAGGCACCAGGAGAAGCUGAAGCAGCUUGCGCCCAGCUGUGCCGAGCUGGCAAAGUCUAUGCAGCUGUGACGGAGGACAUGGAUGUGUUGACGUUCGGCUCUCCCCGACAGAUCAAGAACUUGUUCGAUGUGGAGGGAAACCGGCUGCGGCAGGGUCCCCGCCCAGCGCGCGAGAUCAACUUGGGCCACGUGCUGGAGGGCCUGUCCCAGGAUGCGGGCAGCUUCAUCGAGUUCUGCAUCCUUUGCGGCUGCGAUUAUCUUCCCCAUUUGCCAAAGAUAGGCCCAAAGACGGCCUCGCAGCUUCUGCAGCGCGAAGGCUCCCUUUCGAAGGUCGUGCGUAGCAUCCAAAGUGGGAAAGGGCCCAAGGGAUGCACGAUCCCGGAGGAUUGGGACUGGAAGGCCGCGAAGAAGAUCUUCCUCGAAGGUCCGGAGGAGUUGACCGACUCGGAGCUGGGAAGGGAGGUCUUGGAUCUGGAUGCGUUUCGCUCCCUGUUGGUGGAGAAGCAUCAGUUCAACCCAUCCCGUGUCGAGAACAUGGUGGAGCGCCUCCGGAAGGUCAAGGAGCCAGGAGGCCCAACGCAGCAGAAGCGCCUGGACACCUUCUUCACGGUGCCGUCUUCGCCAAGUCCGAGGAAGCCGCCAAGAGGAAGCAAGCGUUCGCACGCGGACAUGAUUGAGGCUGAUGGCUCCGAGCAGGAGCCGAAGGCCAAUUUCCUCAAGCCAAUGGAGCAGAUCUGCGUGGAAGACACUCAG